AGCCACCAACUGUGGACCAGCAUCCUAGCAACUGCCCCAAACCAGCAACCCAACAGAGAAUGAGAAUGCAGGGGUCCGAUGUGAUCAUGGAAGGCGAGCUGGAGAAAAGGAGCGACAACCUCCUCCAGUUCUGGAGGAAAAAGCUCUGCGUCUUGACCAGGGACAGCCUUAACAUGUUCGCCGAUGCCCAGAAGAAGAGCAAGUGCAAGGAGCUCAAGUUCCAGUCCAUCAAGAAGCUGGAUUGUGUGGAGAGGACGGGCAGAUACAUCUACUUCACCAUUGUCACCACGGACAACAAGGAGAUAGAUUUCCGCUGCCCGGAUGAAAGCACCUGGAACGCGGCCAUCACCAUGGCUCUGAUCGACUUCCAGAACAAGAAAGCCAUCCAAACGUUCAGGUCGCGUCAGAACAGCGAGAGGAGGGUGGCUCCGUGUGUGUGAGCCAAUGAUCCUUCAUCAUCAACCUCAUGGAACAGGGCCCAUGAUUUAUGGACCAAAUGCAAGCGGCUUGCCGGGAGAGGCUCAUGAGACAGGAAGUGACUGCCUUUACAAGGACAAAGCAAGUUGAAUGAGUAUUGUUGGAGCUCCACGCACGGGAGUUUUCGUCGAAGGAGCUGACAAUCGAUGAACAUGAGAAGAUGGAUAAUCCUUGCGAUUAGUGUUAUUUAUUUAUCCGCGGAGAAGCAAUACGCAAUACGAUAACCGGACUGAACCCGGAUAAUUUAUUCCAUAGUACUUUAUAUAUUUGUAUUUAUUACCAUGGCUAUCCUUCCUAAUAUAUAUAUAUAUAUAUUGCCAAGACCAGUAAUUU